GACUGACAUUCUGAUUAUAAUGGCUUUGUGCUGGGUUAGCCUUUUGUGCUGGAAAACUUGAACUUUUGUACUUACUGUAUUUGAGUGUCGCCUUUACUUAGCGAGGUCGCAUUUGUGAUUAUUGGCCACUGGGUUGUGGAAACAAAACCCUUUUGCUAUUGCCACUGCCACUGGGGGUGAGUGAAAGCACUUCACUGGCGACUAGAGGGAGCUGCUAUAAUUUUGCAAGCAAGAGGCGACGGCUGGACACGGCGUCUCUCUCUGGUCCGUAUCCGAACUUAGUAGCAAGUUGUUUUAGAGACUUUGUUGGGAUGUACCUUGCUUGCCAUGGCAACACAUCUUCUUUAAGGAUGCUGAGCUAAGUAUGGGAACAGCUGAAAGCACCAAGAGAAAACAAAAGUCAGCUUAUUCAAGCACCGUACAGAGGGAACCAAACUCCUGCACAAGCAUGGCAGACCACAAAGACAACAUAGACGACUUCAAGGUCCAGACAGCCAAGCACCCUAACGUCGGCUCAGCCCCUUUACGGCCGCACAGUGAACACUCCAGAGACCGGACCUCCAAAAGGCUUUCGACUGAGUCUAACGGGACCAGCGAGGGAGGCGUGGGCUCGUCCACGCCGGUGGAGGUGACCGCAUUGGAGGAGUCGUUUCGGCGCUUUGCCAUCCACGGCGACACUCGCGCUACCGGCAAGGAGAUGCACGGCAAGAACUGGUCCAAACUCUGCAAGGACUGCGGCGUGAUUGACGGCAAGAACAUCACCCUCACCGACGUGGACAUCGUCUUCAGCAAAGUCAAGAAGAAGUCCUGCCGCACCAUCACAUUUGAUGAGUUCAAGGUCGCGCUCGCAGAGCUGGCCAGGAAGAAGUACAAGGAGAAGCCCGGAGAGGAGGCCGAGGCCGAGGUCUUCCAGCUGAUUGAAGGGAAGUCGCCCGUCAUUGCAGGCGUCACGAAAGCCGUGGCCUCCCCGACAGUGAGUCGCCUCACGGACACCACCAAGUUCACAGGGUCGCACAAGGAGCGCUUCGACGGCACCGGGCGCGGGAAGGGUAAGGCCGGACGAGUAGACAUAGUCGACACAUCCGGAUACGUCCCGGGAUACAAGCAUCAAGGGUCGUACGAAAAGAAAGUGAAUAAACCCACUGCGGGCAGACCCAUGUGAGGGCGAAGAUAAGGAAGCAAAACAUCUGAGCGUCUACCAGGAUGAUUUUCUAUUAAAAGAGUACUCAUAGAAAGCACAAAAGAAUAGGAUUUCAUAUAUUUUUCCCACCCAUCUAUUUUGUGUGAGUGUAUGUAUGUGUGUGCGUGUGUGUGUAUGUGUAUGUGAGAGAAAUGUUUUUGAGUUCCUCUCUUUGUCAAGUGUGAGAACUGGAAAAUUGUUUACAUCUAUUUUUACUAAGUCAUCACCAGCUGGUACAUUCCUGUCUGAUAGCAAGUUACUGCCAAACACUGAAGAGAACAAAACAAAAUGCUAUGAAUAAGGAAGCUUUGUUGUUGCCUUAUAUGAUAUUUAUUGAGCACAAUGAGCAACACGCCAAGAAAAACAAAAGUGGAACAAACAGAAUUAACAGCAUUGCACUUUUUUCUAAUGUCUAUCCCCAGACUUUGCGGUAGAAAAUGCAUUUUUAAUUUGUUUUUGGGGGAAACGGUGAUUUCAAAUGCAAUUGGCACAGAUUCAUUUCUUCUGAAAACGGUUCAUUCUAACUUCGGUGUCGUUUGUCUGUGAUCUGCACUUGUCGACUGUCUUUUAAUAAUCUGCUGUUCAUUUUUUUUUUUUGUCGUUAUUUUGUAAGCUCACACUGUCAUUUGAAGAAUUUGCCUUCAGCUCAAAGCGAGAAAAUAUUUUAAGGGGUUUUCUGAGAUAAGUUUUAAAAACAUUUUGCGUCGAAAACUGAACCUUUGUGACCAAGACAUUUUUUCCUCUUUUGUGGCUACGUAAAACAAAAAUCAACAGCUCUCCUGCGCAAAUUUUACUGCAUGCAGCUCUUAAUUGGGUCUCCUUGCUUUGUUUAAUAAUCCACCGCGUACACACAAAUCCCUUUGCUAACGUGCAUUUUCGAGUAAUAAAUCGGUGAAUUCAGCUGAGGGGGGGAGGGGACUCUAAUCACAGCAGACGAGCUCGGUCGUACAAGAUUGUAUUUUUAAUGUUUUACUUAUAUAAUUUCAUCAGAUUUCUAUACAGUAGUUCUAAUAUAUUUGUGGUAAGAUUGUGUAUAUUCUAAAAGGUUUUAGCCACAUGGCUUAAUUUAAAACACUGGCUUCUUGUUCAGUCCUUAUUUUUCCCUGUAUUGCUGUACUUUGUGCAUGUUCUGUAUAUUGCAUUUGAUUCAGAAGCAUAUAGAUGACAGUAGGAGUCACGUCUUAUGGAAACUACUGUGUGGACAGACUACUGGACAGGCUUAAAUAUUCUCUUGCUAAAAAUCUUAAGUGAUGAAUUUGUGAUAAAAACUUGUAUUGCUUGAAUUCAAUGUGUAUCAACUCGUACAUGUACAAAGUCAGCUGUCCUCUAAUGCUAUUCUAGUCGUAUGAUUUAAAAGUACCUGUCGUGCGUGGCACCGUCAUACGAAGCACAAAUCUGAACUGAAACCAAGCAGGGCUUUAAUGUCUCCUUACAUACUGUAUCAGAUAAAGGGAAGACUGCAAGCAAGGAAUAAACUUUUGUAGAUCAUUUUUUUUCCACACACUACCUGUAGCCUCAGCUGAUGAAGAAUCAUGCAUCGAGUGCAAAACUAGCAGCUAUCGGCGCGAUUUCUUUUUUUUUUGUGUUCGUCUGCUGCAGUAGUGCGAUCCGUCUUCUGUGCUUAAUGCCAAAUACUGUGCACCUUUAAUGUGGAGGAACAAUUUUGUCUUUUUUCAAAUAACUUUUAAUGUACUAUUGUGCCCCAGUGCAUGCAGCGUGUUUUUUGUCCUUGUUUAGACUUCUUAAAGUGUGUUCAUGAUUUGUAGUGCAUUAUUGAAAAUAAAAAACAAACCGAAUACAGUA